GCAAUCCUCUCACCUCUGCCUCCUGAAGUCCUGGGAUUACAGGCGAAAAUGAAAUCCUUGCAACUCUGCGUGCCAUUUCAAGCAAAAACCAGAUCUGGAGAUCGUAUAUUGGCAUGGGCUAUUAUAACUGCUCGGUGCCACAGACAAUUUUGCGGAACUUACUGGAGAACUCAGGAUGGAUCACCCAGUAUACUCCUUACCAGCCCGAGGUGUCUCAGGGGAGGCUGGAGAGUUUACUCAACUACCAGACCAUGGUGUGCGACAUCACAGGCAUGGACAUGGCCAACGCCUCCCUGCUGGAUGAGGCGACCGCGGCCGCAGAGGCAAUGCAGCUGUGCUACAGACAUAACAAGAGGAGGAAGUUUUUUGUUGACCCCCGUUGCCACCCACAGACGACAGCUGUUGUCCAGACUCGAGCCAAAUACACUGGAGUCCUCACUGAGCUGAAGUUACCCCACGAAAUGGACUUUGGUGCAAAAGAUGUCAGUGGGGUGUUGUUCCAGUACCCAGACACCGAGGGGAAGGUGGAAGACUUCUCGGAGCUCGUGGAGAGAGCCCAUCAGGCAGGGAGCCUGGCAUGCUGUGCUACUGACCUGUUGGCUCUGUGCAUCUUGAGGCCACCCGGAGAAUUUGGGGUUGACAUCGCCCUCGGCAGCUCGCAGAGAUUCGGGGUGCCCCUGGGCUACGGUGGGCCGCACGCAGCUUUCUUUGCCGUCCGCGAAAGCCUGGUGAGGAUGAUGCCAGGAAGAAUGGUGGGGGUAACAAGGGAUGCCACGGGGAAAGAAGUGUACCGCCUUGCUCUUCAAACCCGGGAGCAGCACAUCCGGAGAGACAAGGCCACCAGCAACAUCUGCACAGCUCAGGCCCUCUUGGCGAAUAUGGCUGCCAUGUUUGCGAUUUACCAUGGCUCCCGUGGGCUGGAGCAUAUCGCCAAGAGGGUGCACAAUGCCACUUUGAUCUUGUCGGAAGGCCUGAAGCACGCAGGGCACCAACUCCUGCACGACUCGUUCUUCGAUACCUUGAAGGUUCAGUGUGGCUGCUCGGUGAAGGAGGUCUUGGGCAGGGCCGCUCAACGGCAAAUCAAUUUCCGGCUCUUCAAGGAUGGCACACUUGGCAUUUCUCUUGAUGAAACAGUCAAUGAAAAAGAUCUGGAUGACUUGUUGUGGAUUUUUGGCUGUGAGUCUUCUGCGGAACUGGUUGCUGAAAGGAUGGGUGAGGAGCAGAGAGGCAUUCCAGGGUCUGCGUUCCAGAGAACCAGCCCAUUCCUCACACAUCAAGUGUUCAACAGCUACCACUCGGAAACAAACAUCGUCCGGUACAUGAAGAAACUGGAAAACAAGGACAUCUCCCUGGUUCACAGCAUGAUUCCACUGGGAUCCUGCACCAUGAAGCUGAAUGCUUCGUCCGAACUCGCGCCUAUCACCUGGAAGGAAUUUGCAAACAUCCACCCCUUUGUGCCUCUGGACCAAGCUCAAGGGUACCAACAGCUUUUCCGGGAGCUUGAGAAGGACUUGUGUGAACUCACAGGUUAUGACCGGAUCUCCUUCCAGCCUAACAGUGGAGCCCAAGGGGAAUACGCCGGGCUGGCCACCAUCCGAGCAUACUUGGACCGGAAGGGGGAGAGGCACAGGACGGUUUGCCUCAUUCCGAAAUCAGCACAUGGGACCAACCCAGCAAGUGCCCACAUGGCGGGCAUGAAGAUUCAGCCUGUGGAGGUGGACAGAUUUGGGAAUAUCGACGGCGCUCACCUGAAGGCCAUGGUGGAGAAACACAAGGACAACCUGGCGGCAAUCAUGAUCACCUACCCGUCCACCAACGGAGUGUUUGAAGAGAACAUCAGCGAUGUGUGUGACCUGAUCCAUCAGCACGGAGGACAGGUCUACCUAGAUGGAGCGAAUAUGAACGCUCAGGUGGGGAUCUGCCGUCCUGGAGACUUUGGGUCUGAUGUUUCACACCUGAAUCUUCACAAGACCUUCUGCAUCCCCCAUGGAGGAGGCGGCCCUGGCAUGGGCCCCAUCGGAGUGAAGAAGCACCUGGCCCCCUUUCUGCCCACUCACCCCACCAUGUCAGUGAAGCCGAAUGAGGACGCCUGGUCCGUGGGCACCGUCAGUGCGGCCCCGUGGGGCUCCAGUUCCAUCUUGCCCAUCUCAUGGGCGUACAUCAAGAUGAUGGGAGGCAAGGGCCUUAAGCUGGCCACAGAAGUCGCUAUACUAAAUGCCAACUACAUGGCUAAGCGAUUAGAAAAACACUACAGAGUCCUUUUCCGGGGUGCAAGAGGUUACGUGGCUCACGAGUUUAUUCUGGACACAAGACCCUUCAAAAAGUCGGCAAACAUCGAGGCUGUGGACGUGGCCAAGCGGCUCCAGGACUAUGGAUUUCACGCCCCUACUAUGUCCUGGCCUGUGGCAGGGACCCUCAUGGUUGAGCCCACUGAGUCAGAAGACAAGGCAGAGCUGGACAGAUUCUGUGAUGCCAUGAUCAGCAUUCGGCAGGAAAUCGCGGACAUCGAGGAGGGCCGCAUCGACCCCAGGGUCAACCCGCUGAAGGUGCGUGGGGGACCUGGAGGAAGGGAAUUCUUCGGAGAAGACGCAGUUGUGACUUCGAAGCUUACUGGCUUGGAGCGUCACAACAGCAGGGGCUCAAGCCCGGCGCGCGGUGGCAGCGCAGGCCCCACGUGCCGGGCGAUGGCCCGAGGAGGGUGCGGGGGCCGAGGGCCUGUCGCGUCCAGGGAUUCCCAGGGCUCGCGCCUCUGCUGGAUGCCCUGCGGUGGGGCUGCAGGCGACACGUGUGUGUUGACACCGCCAGCCGCACAAGCCACGGCCCGCGUGGGAGCGCUGCCGGUGAGAACAGCUGGCUUGAGAUUCGGUGUGGACGGCCGGGCGGGCCGCGCCUCCCGAAACCUGCUAGCUUUGCGUCUGGCGAGCCUGCCGGGUUUUCCGGGUGGGAGGGCCAGCAGCGUGGCAGGCUGUGGGCACGACACCGGCAGCUCCGAGGAGACCCCUCAGAACGGCCCACAGCAGCCCCGUCUUGUGUCUCCGCAGCCCUUUGUGAAACCGGAGAGCAAGUUCUGGCCCACCGUUGCCCGCAUCGACGACAUCUACGGCGACCAGCACUUGGUCUGCACCUGCCCGCCCAUGGACGUGUACGCGUCCCCGUUUUCCGAGCCGAAGAGGGCGUCCUCGUAGUCCUCGCCCGCGCCGAGGACCGCCCGCUGCCUCGC